AGAAUCUAAAUAAAUACUCUUAUCUAGCCAUAAUUUCUAGAAAGUGAGCUCACACAUCCAGAGGUCUUUAUCACGGAUGUGGGGGCUUGGCCUAGCGUAAAUAAGACACCCACUUAUACAUCGUGACGACACAGAUAAAACCCCGACAGUUUUAGGGUCAAAUAGCCAAAGGUCUCCCUGAUACCCUCAGUCAAUAUGGAUCUUUAUAUAAACUACUUCGCAUCCCAUUUACCAGCAGUUUAUCAUCAUCCUUUCAAGGGAUACGUUGUUGUCAAUUCUACAUGUGGACAAAUAGGCAGAGGUUCUGCAUUUUAGAAGAAACCAUGAAGAUGGUUCUACUGGGAGUGGUCCUGUGGGCUGGGGUGACUUUUGGAAGCCAGGUAGCUCCUUACCCCUUCAAUCUGUUCAUGUCAAGUGACAUAACCCACCCGCCGCCGAUGUAUGACUUCCCAUUUCCAAGUGCACAAAUGUUGAAAAGAUUACCCCCUGUGACAACAGCACAGACGAACAAGUCAAUCACCAUAAGCAAGAUGACAAUAUCGAUGUUGAAAAGGCUAGAAGAAAACCUGGACGUAUCUGGAAUCAAGCCAAAACCUGGAUCCGCUGCUCAAGGUCUCCUCAUAAAUGGAUAUCCGUCAGACGAUGCAAUGCAUUAUGAAAAAUCAUCGAUGACGAUCACAAAGGCAUCGCAGAACCUAGUUGUCACAAGAUGUACAAGGUAUGGAUUGCCCAAUGAUGAGUGUGCGAGCUAUAUCAGCACAUUAAAUUUGCGUGAAUCUGAAUAUGGAGGCGAGUGUGCUGCGUUGGAAAGGUUCACUUGUCGAACGCAGAAGACGUCAUCCAAAUACCGAUCAUUUGACGGUUCCUGCAACAACCCCAUGAGAUCGUCUUGGGGCCAAGCACUUACUGGCUACAAGAGGAUCCUUCAUCCAAGAUACCACGAUGGUAUUGAAGAGCCGCGUCGCGCGGUGAGCCACGGUCCGUUGCCCUCGUCCCGAGUCAUCAGCAUGAAGCUCGGAGACAACCUGGAUGUGCCCGAGGAGAAGAAAACUAUGGCCUUAGCUGUCUUCUCUCAGUUCAUAUACCAUGAUCUCGUCCAUACUCCAGUGAGGAAGACAAUCCACACAGACAAGCCAAUCAGAUGCUGUGAAAACUCUGGCCACAACCUGACUCCGCGUUACAUCCACCCGAGUUGCAUGCCGAUAUCCAUACCCUCUGAUGACCCUUUCUUCAAGAGCAAGGAAGCGACCUGCAUGGAGUAUACUCGCUCGGUCACCACCUACCGUGGAGAUUGCACCUUUGGAGCUGCUGAGCAGAUGAACCAAGCCACUCACUUCCUGGACGGGUCUCUCAUCUACGGCACCAACAGCCGUGAGGCGGCGGCGCUGCGGGAGACCAGCGGGGGCCUGCUGAAGACCUCCGUCAUUGAUGAUGAGGAGCAUCUUCCACUGGCCGCCAACCCCGCCGAGAGGUGCCUGGUGCAGGGGGAUGCGGCUACCUGCUUUAGUACUGGAGACUCCCGCUCCAACCAGAACCCGUGGCUCUCCAGCCUCCACGCUCUCUGGGUCCGGGAGCACAACCGCGUCGCCCGAGCCCUGGCCAGCCUGAACCCGGGCUGGGGCGCCGACAAGCUGUACCACGAGGCUCGGCGCGUGGUGGUGGCUGAGCUGCAGCAUGUGACCUACAAGCACUGGGUGCCGGCUGUACUUGGCAAACAGUUCGACGACCUCUACACCAGCUAUGACAUUGGCUACAACUCGGAAACCGACCCGACAAUCACCAACUCCUUCGCUACGGCAGCCUUCCACUUCAUCAGCAGUCUCAUGGAUAAAGACAUCACGCUGAUGGAUGGACAGAACCAAGUGACGGGGACCCAUAGGCUGAUGAACUACUUCUUUAACCCAGAGCUGGUGGCCAAGAAGGGAAGCUUGGAGCAGAUCUUGAGAGGAAUGGUCAGCGAGAAGAGUCAAGGGUUGGACUUCAAUUAUGAUGAUGAUAUCCGCCACCACUGGCUCGGAGGUCUGGACGCCCUGGCUAUAGACGUGCAGCGCGGGCGCGACCACGGGCUGCCUGGCUACAUCCAGUACCGCACGCUCUGCGGCCUGCCCUCCGCGAGCAGCUUCCAGCAGCUGGCUGAUGUUAUACCUGAGGAGUUGGUAGAGAAGCUGUCUCAAGUAUACGCUGAUCCUCACGACAUCGACCUGGUUGUUGGAGCGAUGGCGGAGAGGCCUCUACAGGGCGCGCUACUGGGACCCACGUUUACUUGCUUAAUUAAGGAGCAACUCUGGCGUACUCGCAUUGGUGACCGCUACUUCUACAGCCACCCCGACGAGGCCGGCAGCUUCUCCAAGAAGCAGCUGGUGGAGGUCCGACGGGCCUCGCUGGCGAGACUGCUGUGUGACAAUGCAGGGUUUACGAGGGUACAGAGGGACGUGUUCCAGCCCGCUUCUGAGAGCAACCCAGUAGUCCCAUGCGAGGAAAUCAAGAAGGUGAACUUAGAGGCAUGGCAAGACCCGGCGCAGCGACCAGACAUCCUGACCCGCACCAACAAGUGGAUCAAGACCAAAGUCAGCUCCGACAAAACUGGCAACGACACCAAAUAGCCAUCCCCUAACUGAUCCUUCGAGCCGCAGCAAUAAUAGUUCAGUUUGGCUUAAAGGAGAGGAUCUUGAUUCAGCUUACGUGAACGUAGCUCUGUGUGUGUGUUUUAGUUAGAGUAUUCUGUUUGCAUUUGUAUAGGGAUUUACUCGGACGAUUUAUCAGUCGAUUGUCGUAUUUUUAACUAGAAUUUGCAGAAGCAGUUUCAUAGAGUAGAGCGAUUGUUUCAGUAUUGUGUAGGAGGUCGAAGCGUGCGUAGAUAAGUAGAUAGACUUCAUACAUUUGUGUAGAGUUAAGUGUUUAGUGAUAAGCUCAAUAGGACUUAAAAGUGUCCAUACGAGAAAUAGUAACUCUAAUCACCAUGAAUUGAGAACCGGAAGUGGAUUACUGCUUUUCACCUCUUCUAAAUUAAUAAUGAAAUGGUCGAUGAUAAUGAGAAACGUUGGUUGAAAAUAUUGUAUGGACAUACGCACCAAAAGGCUGUGAUGUGAUACGUUGAAAUUGAGACUAGAAAAUUAAAUGUGAUCGUUUAGAAGUCCUUUGCU